ACCGGUUCCUGUUGAGAACCGGUUCCUUGUGUUUCAAUUCCAUGGAACCGUUUGGCAGCUCGUUAAACGAUUCUCUUAUAGAUUCCAGACCGCACGGUUUAUGUAACGUUAUUUACGCAGCAAGUUACACACGAAUGAUUCAGUAAGCUCGGCUUGACGUGGCGUAGUUGCUUGGUUACGCAGGUGACGCUCGUGAUUCUUUUUACAAGUCUGAAAUGGCACCCCUAAGGUUAAAACGGUCCAAAGUGUGGCUUCAUUUCACAUUACAUAAGGAUGGCAACAGGGCGUUUUGCAACCACUGCAAAUUGUUGAUAACAUCGGCGGGAGGGAAUACUUCAAAUAUGCAUAAACAUCUGCGCACACAACACGGGAUAAACUUUAACGAGUGUCGCGUUUUUGAUGCCCUUCGGAGUGACAGCAGCCAAGCUUCUACGACCACCGUGACCUUGGGGGCUAACACAGAAGGCAACUCUGGUGGUAAGUAGCUAUCCCACUGACUAAUCCUUAAUGUGAUUCCUAGUAAAUUAUGUACCACGCCAUUUCUGGAAAUAAACCCAUUUCCUACCUCUCCUUGGGGUAAUUAAGGGAGUUUAUGUUUCUGGUUAAUCAAGCCGUUCCUUGCUAGCAUGUUUAAUUAGCUUACUUGAUGGCAAGGCAUCCGUAGUUCUAGGGAAGAAUUCUAGCUGUUGCUAUGUAGCUAAUGAAACAUGCUAGUAAGUUGCGCCGCCGAUUCAGGGAGCCAGAGAAAGGUGACGCUCAUUUAUUUAAAUCAAAGGGAGGUGGGAAAUUAGUUUAUUUCCCGAAAUUGUACAGUAUUGCUUUUUCAUCAAACAAAUGCCUUCUUCGUUAGAUUUAGAACAAGAUGAUGACCGGGACGAGACGGGUAGUCUGGCUGACUCAGAGGCUAGCAGCACUUGCUCCCGUUUACCUCUGGCUUCUAUUUUCGUCGAGGCAGGCAGAAAUAAAAUGUCCCAGGCAAAGGUAGAAGAAUGUCACCGGGCAGUUACCAAAUUUGUUGUUAAGGGUUUGCACCCAUUUUCUACAGUAGACGCCCCUGAAUUUCGGGAGAUGACAAAGGUUCUCAAUCCAAAAUACAAAGCCCCCAGCAGGGAAAGCUUAACCAACCACUUAAUCCCUGCUUGGUAUGGUGUGGAAAAGGGAAAUGUGAUCUCUGAACUGAAAACAGUGUCAAAGGCAGCUAUCACGGCUGAUGGGUGGACAAGCUUUUGUCAGGAUCAUUAUCUCACGGUUACUCUGCACUACGUGAGCAAUGGCCAGAGCUGCCCAAGCACAUGCUCCUCCUGGAUGUAAGGACCAGAUGGAAUUCCCUCUAUUUGAUGAUGGAGAGAUUCACCGAGCAGUUCCCUGCUAUCCAGGCUGCAGCCAUAGAUCCACGCAUAAGAAGACCCAUGGAGAAGGAAAGGUUGGACAGAAUAGGCAACGAGGACUUAAGGAAAGCAGAGGAGUUUGUGCAUCUCAUGCGGAAGCAUUACACCUCCACACUGGCCGUCUCCAGCGACAAAAGUGCAACCUGCGGUGAGAUUUUGCCCAUCUUGCAGAAGCUGGAGCAACAGUACACUGUGCAGGAAGGUGACUCUGCGUUCACAAGGAGCAUCAAGGAGAACAUUUGGAAGGAUCUCUCCAAACGCUACCAGGGAACUGACAUUCAGAGAUUCCUGGAGGAAGCCACCAUCUUGGACCCCAGAUUUAAAUACAAAGUGAAAAGUGAUGCAGUCUGCGACAGGAUCAGGGAAGCUGCAAUAACAGCAAAUACAGUGGCAGCAAGAGAUGAGCUCCCAGGGGAAGGAGAGACACAGAGGGAAGGCUGCGAAGAUGGGGAGGAGGAAGAAGUAGAGGAACACUAUGCACUGCCACCACCAUCAAAAAAGACAGCCUUGGAAGAACUAUUCGAGGAGGAGGACAACGAGCUGCAGUCAAUCCGUGAAUCACAGCCCCGUCUUUCCCUGGCUCAGAAGGUGGAUCAGGAAAUCCAGUUCUACAAAAGCCUGCCCUCCAUCCCCUGCAGGGAUAGCGCCGCACUGUGGUGGUGGAACAAGCAGGAUACGCUGCCCUUGCUAUCUGGACUGGCUGAAAACUACCUCUGUGUGCAAGCUUCCUCCACCCCAUCUGAGAGGGUGUUCUCCACGGCUGGAGACACCAUAAGCCCCGAAAGAUCCCGUAUCCUUCCAGAAAAAGCAGAUAUGCUCAUAUUUCUGAAAAAGAACUGUUAAUUUUCCCUACUACUACUUGAGUGCACACACACUCACACUCACACUCACACUCACA